AUGUUAACACUGUAUUUCAAGUAUUUCAGGAAUUUGAUCAUGACUCAGUCUAAAAAAAAUAUCAUCAGCAUAGUUGGCACUACCGGAGUAGGCAAAUCGCAAUUUAGCAUAGAUUUGGCCAAGGAAAUCAAUGGAGAAAUCAUCAAUGCAGACUCCAUGCAAGUUUAUAGAGGACUUGAGAUUAUAACAAACAAGCAUCCUAUGGAUGAGCGAAUGGGCAUACCUCAUCAUGUAAUGAACCAUGUUCAGUGGAAUGAAGAGUAUUUUAUUCACCGGUUUUCCAAAGAAGCGAACGCUGCAAUCGACGACAUUCAUAGUAGAGGUAAAGUUCCUAUUGUAAUAGGAGGUACACAUUACUACUUGCAGAACUUACUAUUCAACAAUAAGACGAUAGCGCAGAGUCCUGAAGGAAGCGAGGAAGGAAAAGGUGAAAUCCAGCUCAGUGGAGACCAGCUUGAAAUUCUAAAUGGUCCAGUGGAAAUACUAUUUGAAACUUUAAAGAAUAUAGAUCCGGUGAUAUCAGAGAAAUUCCAUCCUCAAGACAAGCGUAAGUUGAGGCGAGCUCUUGAAAUCUACUACAAAACAGGAGAGAAACCGUCGACUAUAUAUCAUGAACAGAAAAUUGAGGAGCUUGGUGAAAGUUCGUUGAAGUACAACACCUUAUUGUUUUGGGUAUAUUCAGAUCCUGAUGUAUUGAAAGAGCGUUUGGAUAAGAGGGUGGAUAGCAUGAUGGAGCUGGGUGCACAAACUGAAAUCGAAGAAAUGUACGACUUCUUCGAGAAACUGGAUCCGAAACCUGAUUGCUCUAGUGGGAUUUGGCAAGUGAUUGGCUUCAAGGAGUUCUUGCCGUGGCUAGAAGAUGGCAAGAGCCAAAAGCUGUUGUUUGACAAUGGUGUUGAAAGGAUGAAGAUCCGAACUCGCCAGUAUGCCAAAUAUCAAGUGAAAUGGAUUCGCAAGUUACUCUCAGUAGAGCUUCAGAAAGAAUCACGUUUUGGGUUUAAGUAUGGUGGGAAGAUGUAUUUAUUGGACGCUAGUGAUCUUAGCAAGUGGCAGGAAAACGUAGGAAAAAUUGGUAUCAAGAUAGCUGAACAGUUCUUGAGUAAUGGUCCCAAGUCUGUAACCGAGCCUCAAGCUCCCGAACAUUUAAAAGAGUUGAUUCCGGGUCAGGAUUUUUUUGAAAACUUCAGUAGUAACAAAGUUCUUGGAUCAGAAUCCAACUGGAAGCACUACGAGUGCCCUGUCUGCAAAGAUAAAGAGGGUAAACCACUCAUCGCCGUAGGUGAAGAAAGUUGGAAGAUUCAUGAGACUAGUAGAAGGCAUAAAAAGCUGGUUUCUGCCGGAGAAAAGAAGCGGAAGCAUGAGGAAAUGAUGCUUAAGUACAACAAAAGGAAAGACAUAGAAUCUGCGGAAGAAAACUAG